AGGAAAAUGUAAAACUAGAAGGAAGAAUCAAUCUGCUGUCGAAAGAUAAAUCAAGCUUACUUGCUCAUGUUGCGACUACUGAGAAGAAAUCUGCAGAUUUAGAAAGAAGAAAUUGUGUGCUGCAAUCUCAGAAAUCUGUAGAAAAUGAAAAACAGAAUAAACGGGAAUGUUUGGAUGAAGAAUUGAAGAAAACGAAACAAAAGUUGGAAACAGCAAAAAAGGAAUUGGACAAAUGUCGUUCAUUACUGGUUGCGUUACAAUCUGACCUGGAAAGUUCAAGAUCAACAAUAUCAGCUCUCAAGCAAUCAAAUAACGUUUUAACUCAACUAAAUAAAGAGGUUCAGGAACACAGUGAUGAUGUUGCAAGUCAAGUUUCAAAACUCCAAGGUCUUGCUGAUGUUCUAAGAAUGGAGAAAUUGACAGCUGAAGAACAUCUUGCGACAGCGAAUAAUAAACUACAAAAUGUAGAAAAGAAUUUUGGUCAACUUCUUCAAGAAAAAGUACAAGAAAUUGAACAACAUUUGAAUGACAAACAACAAACAAUUCUUGCCAAUUUGAAGAAAGCAGAGGAGAUUAUAGAAGAUUUGAAUAAAAGAGAAGAAGAUUCAAGGAGUUUAAUCACCUCUCUUCAGAAUGAAAAAGCAAGUUUGAUUCAAGAAAAUGGUCGUCAUGGAGGUGAAAUUUCAGAAUUGGAGAAGAAGCAUAAAGAGUGUGAGCAUACAAUAAGCAACCUCAGAAAUGAAAUCUUGACCUCUAGACAAAAUCUUACACUCAAUCAAGAAGAGGCUUCGCAUUUGAAUGAAAAAAUCUGUCAGUUGGAGAGUGAUAUUCAGAGAUUGAAUAAUAAUCAUCGUGAAGAAACUGAAGUCCUGAGAGCAAAUAUCAAGAAAUGUUCUCUGGAAUAUGAACAACUUACUUCUCAGAAUGAAGAAUUACAAAAUAAUUUGAACAAUUUUGAACAAGAAAAAGAUGAUUUGCAUAAACAAAUUGAAGGAAAGUUGAAAAGAGAAGAAGAGAAAACUCAGGAAGUCAUGGAGGCAGAAGCACAAAGAAAGGAAGCUUAUCAAGAAUUGUCAAAAUUAAAGAUUGAAUUGAAGAAAUUUACUGAUGAGAGAUCGGGAGAAAAAUCUGAAAUGAAUAAAUUGUCCACAAGAUUUAAAGAUUUGGAAAAAGAAAAUGAAAAAAUGUUGAAGAAGUACAAUCAUUCUCAACAUGAAACUUCUGAGUUAAAAGAACAGAUGAUACUACUCGAAGCAAAAGCAGAUCAUUUGGAAACUCACUUGAUGAAAGCCAAUCAAAAUAAUUCAAAAUUUCAAGAAAAUGAAGAAUUAGCCAAUAAGAAGAUAGAACAAUUGGAACAAACGCUGAAACAUCGGGAAUCACAGUAUCAAGCAAAACUCACUGAAUUUACAAGGCGUCUCCUUGAAACUCAGAAGAAACUGAAUCACAAACAAGAAGAACUUCAUGAAAUUAUCAACACAAAAGAAUCGAACAUUACUGAGAUGAAACAAAUGAGAAAAUUAUUAGAAGAAAAGUCACUCAAACUACAUGAUCUUAAUAGGUUGGAAAAAGAAAACCAUGCCAUGUCUGAUAAAAUAAACAACUUACAAAAAGAUUUGUCCUUCGCUCAAAAAGAGAAGUCUUCAACAGAAGAUCUAGAGAAGUGGAAAAAAUUAUAUGAAGAUCUCAGAGAGAAAGUGGAACCAUUUCAGGUUCAAAUUGAUGCAUAUUCUGCGGAGAAGUCUAUGUUGUUGAGUGAAAAUUCUGCGGCUCACGCCGAAAUGCAAGCAUUGGGAAAGAAAUAUGCGGAAUUGUUGGGUCAUCAGAAUCAAAAACAAAAGAUUCGUCAUGUCGUCAAAAUUAAGGAAGAAAACUUGGGUUUGAAGCAGGAGGUGGCGAAACUUCGCAUGCAAAUGAGUAAGUUACAGAAGCAAGUACUGGCAAACCGGAACGCAAAAUUCAAUCCUGCGGAAGCUUUUCAACACAAAAAAGAAAACGCAACACCUUUUGGGCCCAAAAAUUGAAAAGUAUUCUUCAACUCACCAUUUUGUCAUUGGUCUUCGUGUAUUAUAUGCUAAUGAGGAGCGAUUUUCGUUCGAAUUUUUACAGAAUUUCUCUGAAUGCGAAUAUUUUAUUUUUCAAAGCUGCUAUUUGUUAUCAUUCCAUGAAACCUCAAUAAGGUUUUUUAUAAUGUUCUUGAUUUUAUUUGACAUUCCUGAUUAUUCUUGUACAAAUAAUAACUUGAACAGGGCAACAUAUACCGUGUUUCUCCAAAAAUAAGACGUAGCCUGAAUUUUAAAAAUGAUUUUAAUAUAACCCCCUAAAAUAAUAUCUAGUCGAUAGCAAGAACUUUUUCCUACACCUUUCAAUUGAUUGGUUAUUUUUGAAUAAUCUGUUUUUUUUUUCAGUUUUUUUUAAAUAAAAAUGUGUCAUUUAUAAGUAAAUGGAUAUCGGUUUUCAUAUUUUGUUUAUUUGAAAAUCUCGUAAUUCUCUCUUUGUAAUUUAGUUUUUGAUUAAUGAAAAUAAAAGACAUCCCCCAAAAAUAGGCCCUAGUAUUAUUUUUCAAAAGAAAAUUGAAAUAAGCCAGUCUGAUUUUCGGGGAAACAUGGUCCUACAUUUAUACUAUAUUAAUGAGAUUAGCAAUCUCGGCUUUCCCCGAAUAAAUAUAUUUUAGUUUUUGCUUUCUGGUUUUUAAAUGAAAUUUUCAUUACUCAAAAAAUACCCCGAAGUUUUAUACUGUUUUUAUUUUUUUCACAUGUUGCUAUACGUGUUUUCUUUACUCAUAGUGGCGGCCGUAAUUUAUCACUCAUGUCUCUGAGGCAGUGGUUCUCAAACUUCUUAAACCGGCCCCCCUUUUUAGAAUUUGUCAAGUCUCGCGCCCCACCUCAAAAAUAACUAGCUAACAAUAAGCUACAAAUAAUAGACAGUAAGGCGUGAUGUUUUGUUCAAAACACACCUUGAAAAUAUGUGGAUGGAACGUAAAUAAAGAAAUAAAUGGAAAGUUAUGAAAACAAACAAGGCGUGCAAAAACAAAUCUAACAAAAUUUUUAAUGAGUUUCACGCUCCUGCAAAAAAUUGUCUAUGUGUAUUGUAUACAAAAUUGUCUAAUUUUCUGUUUGAGAACCACUGCUCUAAGGCAUGAGCGACUAUUUUGCUAAACAAAACCCAUAUGCCAGAAAUUGACCCGCAGGGAGGGAUAUGGGAGCUUCUAACCUGUCCGCUGGCUAGAGCAUGAUAAUAUACCACUAUCAUGGUUGGUCAUUUUUUUUACUAUCCGCUGAUAAUCAUUACAUCUUCGAUUUCGGUGUUAUCGGAGUUUUGUCUUAUGUCAGUGAAGCCUCAUUAUUUCAACAUUUUAAAAUACUUGCCUUUUUGUAAUAGAUUGUUUGUUAGUCUUGUUUUUAUUUCAAGAUAUCUAAUCAUUUCUUUAGCUUGGUUUUCUUACCAUAGAAAUUAAUCUUAGCUGGGACUGAAAGGUCGAAUGUUGAUUAUUUCAAAACAUGCAAUUCACGAAUUGUUGAAUGGAGAGAAUAUCAAAUAUUCUCCUGGAAUUUUUGUGCUAAGAAAUGUUUUUAAGAUUUAAAAAAAGAUUAAUUUGUAUGUUUA